AUGCAGAGCACAAAGCACUCUCAGCAAAAGAAACAUCAGGAAAUGGAAUAUCCUGAAGAUCCAAAUCAACUUCAACAUCUAGGUCGUGAUCGUUCAAUUGCUAAAGCUCCACUUUUGAAUUUACCAUUACCAUAUGCAUCAGAUGAAAAAUAUUGGGAUUUCAGAUUACCUUAUUUUCUGGAACUGGAUUCGCAAGCAUUUACAGAUCAAAAGUUCUUAAAUGAAGUGGUUACCGAGCGGGCAACUGUAGCCAAAAGAAUAUCAAGCAAGGUUCGCAUCCUAGACCUCGAACAGAGCAGGGUCAAGGAAUGCAUCGAUUGGGUUCAAGCUGUUACAGAACUUAAAAACGUCUUGAUCAACACAUUUCAAGCAAUCAAAAAAGAUGAUUGGGAAGCUGCUACACGACGUAUCCAACGUGCCAAUGGAAACAAUCCAGAAUUGACUCGUAGUCAAUUUGAAGAAGCAGUGACGAAAUGA